AUGGUCUGGAGGAACGGGCCCGUAACGAAAAUUUCUCCCUCCGUUGCUUGCUGGGACAGGAAAACGGUCACCGCCAGCUCACGCCGCGCGACGCUACAGCAAUCACUCACUCGCUCCCUCUCACUCCACCGGCUUGCUACCCGGCUACUUUUAUUACUUUUUAUUUCGAGAACAGCGCUGCCGAGUUCGAAUCGUGGCCUGGCAGCUGCACGCCGCCGCGCUUCUCGUACGUCUUGCCGACCGUGGUGGCCGAUUGAUUGCUGGCCCCAUUGCCGCGUCCUCUUUUUGGUUGGCGCAGGUGACACGCUUAGGCGUUCAAGGUACGCAUCUUUUAGCCCUUGA